CAACAUGGCGGCCUCCGCACAGCACGUUGGACCCACUGCUGAGGAGGCAGACCCACCUGAAUGUAACCGAACAGAACCGAAUAAAGACCCCGGAACAUCCGAAUCAGAGUCGGAACGACUGGAGGAAGAUGCGGAGGAGGAAGAGGAGCCUCCCGGCCCGAAGCUCCGGGAAACCCCACAGGACAUCCAGCUGGAGGCCAUCGCCAACACGGUGGCUCUGCACCCCAGCAGGGACAUCUUGGUGUGCGGGGACGUGGACGGGGAUGUGUACGCCUUCUCCUACUCCUGUAUGGAGGGAGAGAACCGGGAGCUGUGGUCGUCCGGACACCACCUGAAGUCCUGCCGCCAGGUGCGCAUCUCGGCGGACGGGCUGAAGCUGUACAGCGUGUCCCGCGACAGGGCCGUCCACCUGCUGGACAUGGAGCGGGGGCAGCUGGUGUCCCGGAUCCGGGGGGCCCACGGGGCUCCCAUCAACAGCCUGCUGCUGGUAGACGAAAACAUGCUGGCCACCGGAGACGAUGGAGGCACCCUGAAGGUGUGGGAUAUGAGGAAGGGAACAGCCAUCAUGGAGAUGAAAAACCAUGAGGAUUAUAUCAGCGACAUAACUGUGGACCAGAACAAGAGGAUUCUGCUCACUGCCAGUGGGGAUGGCACCAUGGGCGUCUUCAACCUGAAGAGGCGGCGCUUUGAGCUGCUGUCGGAGUACCAGAGCGGCGAUCUGACCUCGGUGGCGGUGAUGAAGCGAGGGAAGAAGGUGGUCUGCGGCUCCAGCGAGGGAACCGUUUACAUCUUCAACUGGAACGGCUUCGGCGCCACCAGCGACCGCUUCGCUCUGAAGGCGGAGUCGGUGGACUGCAUCGCGCCCAUUACAGAAAACAUCAUGUGCACGGCGUCCAUGGACGGAUACAUCCGAGCCAUCAACCUUCUGCCCAACCGGGUCAUCGGAUGCAUCGGGCAGCACGUUGGCGAACCCGUCGAAGAGAUCGCCAAGUCCUGGGACUCCCGCUUCCUGGUCAGCUGUGCCCACGACCAGCUCAUCAAGUUCUGGGACAUUUCUGGUUUGCCCAAACUGAGCGUGGACGAAUACCGCAAGAGGAAGAAGAAAGGUGGGCGGAUGAAGUCGCUCACCAAGAAGGCCCUCGGCGACAAUGACUUCUUCUCUGGACUUGUGGAGGAAACUGAGAAAAAAGAAGAAGAAGAACAGGAGGAAGGUGAUGACAGUGACAGCGACAGUGGGAGUGACUGAAACUCCCACUGCUUCAUACUACAAGAUGCUUCCUGUAGCUGUUUAAUUCUGUGAAGACGGACCACGUUAUAUAAUGUUUCUGCGCUGGCAGACAUUUUGUUCAGAGCGUGGAGAACUCGUGAGCUGCUGCUUUGGUUCAGUCCAAUAACUGAGUUAAAUGCUGGGAAAAGAAAUGACUUUAAACUUAAUAAAUAUCUCUGCCAGAUAUUUAUUAAGGUGACUCACGUUACGUUGUUCAACUCUGGUGAAUCUUCAUCUUGAAAACAUCAGUACCAGUGUUGACCUUUAUGCAAAAGAAAAUAACACUGCCGUUAUUCCAACAACUCAGAGGAGUUUGUUUUAUUUUAUGUUAGAUAAUCAUAAAGUACUUCAUAACCAUAAAAUGGAAUUAAGAUUAUACAUGUUUUCCAAAAUAUUUUACCAAAUAAAUCUGAAAAGUUUUGAGGUUUUUUUUUUUUAUUUUAAUCCCUCUGAGUCAUAAAGUUGUUGAACUUCACUGUAAGUGUUUUGGUUAUGUUCCUAUCAGUUUUAUCCAUAUAGAGCAGGGGGGUUAAAACUGAGGGGUGCGGGCCAUUUUUGCCCUCUUAAAUGAUCUUUUGUGGCCCCCAACUGCAGAAACAACAGAUUUGUUUAUUUAACAUUUUUAGUCAAGGGGAAAUUAUUACUGAGAGUAUUUUCUUUCAAUGAAAAAUGUUAAGCAUAAAAAAGUAUUCAUAUUUUUCCAAACAAACUUUUGUUAGUAGAACCAUGUAAAUCCACAGACUUUAACUGAACGACUCUGGAUUUUGCUGCACCCAAACCAGCUUAUAUUUAAAGUAUUUAAUUCAGCUGAAUAUAGCAACUGAGAACUAACUGUCAGUUAACCCCAAAUAAAUGUUUGGAUCUCCUGCA